CAUACAUGCCUCAGAAUCACAGCAAAAUUUUGUCCAAAACUUCCCACAUUGCCGUGAUCUCUCUUGAUUCUAUAUAAACCCGUUUCUUUUGUGCGAUCUCUCUCUCACUCUCAGUCGUCGUUUUUCACUGUUGCAUUGCUUCUUGUGUCAGCCAUGAAUGCUCUUGCAGCCACCAACCGCAACUUUCAACGUGCUGCGCGCAUUCUCGGCUUGGAUUCCAAACUCGAGAAGAGUCUCCUUAUUCCUUUCAGAGAAAUCAAGGUUGAAUGUACGAUCCCCAAAGAUGAUGGAACUCUGGUUUCGUAUGUGGGGUUCAGGGUCCAACAUGACAAUGCUCGUGGUCCUAUGAAAGGAGGGAUCCGUUACCACCCUGAGGUUGACCCUGAUGAAGUGAAUGCUUUAGCUCAACUGAUGACAUGGAAGACAGCUGUAGCAGACAUUCCCUAUGGAGGAGCAAAGGGUGGGAUAGGCUGCAACCCAAGGGACCUGAGCAUCAGUGAGUUAGAACGUCUAACUCGAGUUUUCACCCAAAAGAUUCAUGAUCUCAUUGGCAUUCAGAGAGAUGUUCCUGCCCCUGAUAUGGGAACUAAUUCACAGACCAUGGCAUGGAUUCUUGAUGAGUACUCAAAGUUCCAUGGACAUUCACCUGCUGUUGUGACAGGGAAGCCAAUUGAUCUAGGAGGUUCCUUAGGAAGAGAGGCUGCAACAGGUCUCGGGGUUGUAUUUGCAACAGAGGCGUUAUUUGCUGAAUAUGGAAAGUCAAUUUCUGAUAAGACGUUUGUCAUCCAGGGCUUUGGAAACGUUGGCACUUGGGCUGCUAAGGCUAUCCAUGAUAGAGGGGGUAAGGUGGUUGCUGUGAGUGACAUCACUGGUGCAAUCAGAAACCCAAAUGGAAUUGAUAUCCCAGCCCUUCUGAAACACAAGAGCGACAAUCCAAACUUGGUGGAAUUCCCAGGAGCAGAUGUCAUGGAUCCAAAUGACGUGCUUGUUCAUGAAUGUGAUGUUCUUAUUCCAUGUGCUUUGGGUGGAGUUCUAAGCAAGGAAAAUGCUGCUGAUGUGAAGGCAAAGUUUAUAAUAGAAGCUGCAAAUCAUCCCACUGACCCUGAAGCUGAUGAGAUCUUGUCCAAGAAGGGAGUGAUUAUAUUACCUGAUAUCUAUGCCAAUGCUGGUGGAGUGACUGUGAGCUACUUUGAAUGGGUUCAGAACAUUCAAGGUUUUAUGUGGGAUGAGGAAAAAGUGAACCGUGAGCUGCAGAAGUACAUGACCAAUGCUUUUCAGGACAUCAAGGCAAUGUGCAAAACUCACAACUGUGACUUGAGAAUGGGAGCCUUCACUCUAGGAGUGAACCGUGUUGCGCGUGCUACAAUUCUGAGGGGUUGGGAAGCUUAGCAUUUUGCUUACUGCUGCAAAAAGUAGGACUUUGAUCUUAAUUUUUGAACUUUCAGUGAGGCCUUAGUUUUCUUUCUUUGUUAUUUUAGUGCUAGUCGACUAAUUGAGACAGUUAUAUGCGAGACUUGCAAUAAGCUUUUUUGGCACCUUUGUUGCCCGGAAA